AUGGUUGACAUUGAACUGACCGGGAACCGUAGCCAGCAGAUCAUUCAGGUAUAUAUUGAAAAAUCAGGAGGGGUUUUAAUUUCUGAUUGCGUAACCGUGAGCCGGGAACUCGGAGAACGUCUCGAUGAGAAGGACGUCACUGAAAAUUCUUACCGCCUUGAAAUAUCAAGUCCUGGCAUUGAGAGGCCUCUACGAAAAAUCCAGGAUUUUGAACGCUAUGUCGGGCAUCGGGUGCGCAUACGUCUUAAAGGCAGGCGGAAGGGAAAGAGAAAAAUUGUAGGGAAGCUAGUUGAGGUUGAUGAAAAUAUUGUCUGUGUGCUUUUACGGAAUGAGGAGAAAGCUUCAUUACACUGGCCGAUAUCGUAA